CUCGCCCCGCCGCCCUCUUACACACACACACACGGAGCCGGAGCGGCUGACGGUGCUUACUCCGGGGCUCGCCGGCUUCUCUCACCCGCUACCCGAGCAGCGGCGGCCGCACAAAGGAGAGAAGAAGGAGGAGGAGGCAGCGCACACGGUGCUCGGAGCCCCGGCCGGUGUUGCACUGCCCGGAGAUGUCGGGCGUGCUGGUACUCGCUGCCUGGUGCUUCCUGCAAGUGGAGAGCCGGCAUCCUGAAAUCAUCACGAGUAACAGCAAUCAUGGCAAUUUCCUGGACAACGACAAAUGGCUGAGCACCGUUUCGCAGUACGAUAAAGACAAGUAUUGGAACAAAUUCCGGGAUGAAGUUGAGGAUGAUUAUUUCAGAAACUGGAAUCCGAACAAGCCUUUUGAUCAAGCCCUUGAUCCAUCCAAAGAUCCGUGUUUGAAGGUGAAGUGCAGCCCACAUAAAGUGUGUGUCACUCAUGACUAUGAAACUGCUAUUUGUGUAAGCCGCAAGCAGCUGGUACACAGCCUUCGACAAAAGAAAGGGACCCUGGCCCAGAAGCACUGGACUGGCCCAGCUAACAUAGUAAAAUGCAAGCCUUGCCCCACGACACAUGCCAGCCCUGUCUGUGGGUCUGAUGGACACACGUACACCACCAAGUGCAAGUUGGAGUUUCAUGCAUGUACUUCUGGCAAAACUAUCACAGCUCGAUGCGAAGGGCCCUGCCCCUGCCUUCCAGGACCUGAAAGUUCAAAACACAAGACGGAGAAGACUGCCUGCACAGACAAAGAACUGAGGAGUCUGGCUUCGCGGCUAAAAGACUGGUUCGGGGCUCUGCACGAGGACGCGAAUCGUGUCAUCAAACCAACGAGCUCGGAGACGGCACAAGGCAGAUUUGACACCAGCAUACUGCCAAUCUGUAAGGAUUCCUUAGGCUGGAUGUUCAACAAGCUUGACAUGAACUAUGACCUGCUGCUGGAUCCCUCGGAGAUCAGCGCCAUUUAUCUGGAUAAGUACGAGCCCUGCGUCAAGCCUCUCUUCAACUCCUGUGACUCCUUCAAAGAUGGGAAGCUGUCGAACAACGAGUGGUGCUACUGCUUCCAGAAGCCUGGAGGUCUUCCUUGCCAGAAUGAAAUGAAUAGAAUUCAAAAGCUAAGUAGAGGGAAGAGUCUGUUGGGUGCUUUCAUCCCACGGUGCAAUGAAGAAGGUUAUUACAAAGCCACUCAGUGCCACGGCAGCACAGGGCAGUGCUGGUGCGUUGAUAAGUACGGGAAUGAGAUAGCCGGCUCAAGAAAACAAGGGACAGUUAGUUGUGAAGAAGAGCAAGAAACCUCAGGGGAUUUUGGCAGUGGUGGAUCUGUUGUAUUGUUGGAUGAUUUGGAAGAGGAGCCUGAAGCAGCUAAAAGAGACAAAGAAGGGAAACUGAAGAUUCAUGUAAGAGCAGCUAAUGAAGAUGAUGAAGAUGAAGAUGAUGAUAAGGAUGAUGAAAUUGGUUAUAUAUGGUAGUGCCCAUCAUAAUGAGGACUCACGUUUUGCACAAUAUUGCAAGUCAUAUCAUAUCUCUGCAAUUGUAUCUGAGAGUACCUGGCACAAAUAUUCCCUCUCUACUGAGUUUAAUUUUGUAUAGUCUAUUUAAUUUGGAAGACAAGGGUUUUUUUCCAGCAAGGACUGUUUGGAAUACAGCUUUUGUUCAGUUGGUUCAGGGGAUUUUUGUUCUAAUCACAGGGGCAAUGAGUUUUGUUUCAAAAACAUUUCAUGUCUUAAUCCUCACUUGCACACCUUAUGAAAUAUAUCCUGUGAAAGAAGAAUCGCAGAAGGGGCUCAAAAAUCCAAUACAAGGCUUAGAAGCCCUUCUCGUGUUAGAGAAUUUGUGUCACAAAUUCUUACCUGAAUCACAUCAGAAACAGUUAUUUUUCUUUCCUGAAACAGGAAAAGUAGGUGCCUCAUUUGCUAGUCCGUAUUUGUUAUGUUCCAGUAAAGAGUAAAUCUCUUUGGAUAGUGACCUGUGGCUGCCCCGCACCAGGGGUUUAAUCCAGAAAGAAACCCACUGGCAGGAUUUUCUCUUUACAUUCUCUGAGAAUGAGUCCAACAGUCUUAGUCCAGCCCUCACUGAAGGCAAAGCUCCCAGCAGAGGGUAGAUCAGCUCACUGCCACUCUUGCUUUGGUUAAGGAACGUGGCCUUGAUGUUACAAGAUGCUGAGAAUCUGCAGCUAUCACGGACCAAGCCCUACAGGCAGGGAACAGAGUCCAUCUGCCUUUCAAAUUGUUUAAGGAAAGAGUGUUUUGUGAAUCUGUAGCUUCAUAACCACCCCCAGAGCUGCUCUGCAGCUUCUGUCUGAGCUCAUUUGCACCAAGAGUUGCAUUAACGUCGCUCAGGCAACCUCUGCUUCUGCUCACACACUAUGGGUCUGCCCAUUCUUCAUUUACUCUCAGUAAUCCCUCAUUCCGAAGUUAUAAAGCUGUCAAGGACACUAACCAUCAAAAGUAAUAAGCUGUCACUUCUUUAAUUUAAAUAGUUAAUAUUUAUUUGACCCGGUUAAAAAAGCAACUUUAGGUGGUCAUGUUUCAAAAGCAUAACCCCUUUCCUCAGCAUGACAAGUUGCACACUUAUAAUACAGACACAUAAAAAAGAAUAGUAUUAAAAUAUAGUCUGUGAUUCCCUCAGCAUUUGCCAUGUAUUCAUGGCUUUGCAAUUAUGUUACAGCAUAUUGACAUUAACUUAUUUGCUGCGUCCUUUCCCACUGCAGUUCUCGGAUACAGUAAGGUACUGGGGUGACCUUUUAUUAUUUUCACUGUUUUCAGAAACAGUGAGAGGUACCUUAACCCCACUUUUGCAGUAGGAUCCAGAUAUAAGUAUUAUUUUAGCAGUACCUGUGAGUUAUUUUGCAGAAUGAAAAACGUGCUUAUUACACAGAAAACUAAUCAGAUGGAAUACUUUUUUCCUCUGAGUUAGUGUUGGAUACAGAGGUGGAGACAUUACGGAGUCAAAACAUGGCUGGUUACGUACUCACUCGGAAGCAGGAAAAUAUCAUGCUGGUUGGCAGAAGUCAAUUUUCUAGGGACAGUGGCCCAAGGGCUGUGGUCUUCAGCCAUCUCCAAAGUCCAUGUCCCCUGCGGAGCCUGACUCUGCAGCCCCUCUGCCCCUCGGUGUCAGCCUCUGCUUUCAGACGUGAUCAGAAGAGCAACACUGAAGAGGAACUCCUUUCAGACACCACGUGUUGCAGGGGCUCAGUUGUUUUCUCCUCUUUCGUUUCCUAUUUAUCUCGAUCAAUGACCUGAGAACAAAGAGCAAGCCGGCAUAAUUGUUAUUAAUGCAGAAGGAUGUGUAAAAUCGUGAGGAAUUUGUUGUGUGCUGUUUCACGCCCCCGCAUCCUCCCAAAAAUCUGUCAUCACAGUCAUUUGCAAAAGGCCUGCAAUCCUCCCUUCCUCAAAUCCCUUUGAUUUUCCUAUAGCUUUUGAAAAUCUAUUUUAAAAUCUUUGUCCAUGAGCUGCACAGCACGCACACACACACACACUUUUUUUACUUGCCUUUCAUAGAAAAUGAUGAUGACUUGCAAGAGGAACAGAUACAAGCAACAUUUCUGUUUCCUUAAAUAGUAUGAUUUUGUGAGAAGCAAUUGAACACCAACAGUAGCUUCUCAAUCAUUGUGGCUGGUUUCCUCCUGCUAUUUUAUUAAUUAAAGCCAUACUCUCUGGCUCUAGCUCUGCUGUCCUUGUGCAGGACCUGCCUGAGGCACAGAGAUGCCAUUUCACUCUGACAUAGAACUGAGGUCCACAAUCAGUAGAGUUGUGCUUAUCCUCCUGACUGGACUCAUUCUCCACACAUAACUAGUUUUUUCUGCAGUUCUGUGUCCAUUUGCCAUGGCUUAUCCUGAACUAUGCCAUACUUCAAAGGCCACAUAGUCAAUCCAUUCUGCCCAGGACCACACUGGAGUAAAACCUGUCUAACCCAGUCCUUGCAGGCAGCUCCAGGGUCCAAAUUGCAGCCCUUCUGCAUCACGUGCAGCUAUGCAAGAUGGUUGAAUAAAAGCUAUUAAAUAAGCCCUUAAAAAUGAAUGUGGACAGCCUUCAGCUUACAUGAGCAGAUAUGCCACCACCAUCCAUUUCUCAACACCAUUGAUCUUCUCCCAGCUGUAACCUCUCACACACAACAAUUCCAAACCAGAGCUGGCAGGUUUUACAUCUUAAACUAUAAAACAAUUUCCAUUGUCUCAAACUCACCAAUUCAAAUGUGCAGUGGGUACCAGUCAAACUGCCCCGUGCCCAGCACUGCACGGCUGGUUCAGCUGAUCUCUGCCAGCAUCUUUACCUCCACACAGAAACAAACACACUUACACAUGUAUAUAUUUCCCUUUUAAGACCACUGGCCUGGAUUCAGGAAGACACCCCUAGCCAGGUGAUCGUUCAGUCACCUGUUUCAGUUGUUCAAAUGUUCUUCUGAAUCAGGGCCACCAUUAGAAAAAUGUGAGUUUAUUGAGUGGUUCGGUUGGGCACGACUACAAGAGCAUUUAAAGCAAGUAGUGUCAAAUGCCAAGGUGGCACAGCCCAGGCAGGAGGGGGGCAGGGGCUGUUGGGCUUGGAAGGGCAGCUCGGACUAUGGAUUGCUUUAAAAGCAAGUUUCCAAAUCUUACAACGCUUUUUUUUUAGCAAAGCCCUUUGGUGAUCCACUGGCAUCCUCCUGUGGUUGUGGAAUUUGCAGCCUAUAUAUACAUGUGUAUAUAUAUGUGUGUGUCUGUACAUAUAUAUUUAUACACACAUAUGUGUGCGUGUCCAAUUUUGCAAGCUGCAUAAAGAAAAUGUUUUAUUUCUCUAAAAAACCCAGUCCCAUCAAGCCCUUUCCAUUCUUCAUGCUUUGUAAAGGAUUUAAUUUGCUUCCAGCUUACUUUAAUUUCUUCCUUUUUCUUUUCUUUCUUCUUUUUUUUUAAAUAAGGCUUCCCAUCUGCAUCAAGUCACUGACCUUCCAAACAUUUUCUCAUUAUGAAAAAUGGAAUCAGAGUUGUCCCAUUCUUUUAGAAACACAAACCGAUUUUUAAUCUCAUUUUCUUUUAAUAUUAGACACUAUGAAAUACUGUUAGGCAUUGCUUUAUGUUUCAAGGUGUCCUUUUAACUACUGUGGUUAAAUCAAAAUCUCCUUGAGUUCAGAUUUCAGCACAGUUGGGUUUUUUGGGUCGUUACUGGCCUUUGCUGUGAACACAAAGAAUCCUUUUCCUUUUCUUCGCCUUUUUUUAAGCUAUUCUGUACUAUUAUUUUCAACCAUUUGAAGUGUUUAUUUAAUAUUUAUUCUACAGUUUAUAUUGAAAAUGUAAAGUUUAUAUUUAAAACAAUACUGUUUGUUAGUGAAUGCUUCUCUUUGCCUCUCCAGCCUAGUCUGUUAGUCUCAGUGUACAUUUCUGGCAUGGGAAUAUUUUGAUAUUAGAAGUUUUGUAGCAUUUUUCCCCCUCAAGCAGCAAAUGACAUAGAUCUAAGGUCACCACUUGAUACAGACCACCAGAUCGCUCAAGCUUAGCUUCCUACGUUUGUUGGCUUUUAUUGCAGUCCCUUCUGUAUGCCAUUCAAGUUCCUUUAAUACAUAGACUGCUUUGUACAGUUACUAUACAUCAAAAAGCCCUUUCUACAGUAGGUGGGUUUUGGUCUUUUUAUACUUUUCUCAAUGCUGUUGAUGUCUGUUCCUGUUAAAUGUGUAGAUCUGUAAGGAGAGAUCCAAAUAUUACGUGUUUCAGUUUGAUGUCCCUACUGUAGAUGGAUGUAGACUAUCAUAGUAAGUAGAAUUGCAUAGUAAAUUCUGAAUGCUUUUUCCAUAAGGAGUUAAGUGGAAUGUGAGCAUUUUGCUAUCUUUGGUUAACUGUAAAUGCUUAACUGUAGUCUGAAAUAGUUGCAUUUUUGUCUGUCUCAAUAAAUUUUAAUUUGUCUGCGA